ACAAGACAGAAGGCGUAUUCUGCGUUUGCGUGUCCGCCGGAACGGCUUUUCUUUAUCCUCUCGCCGGGCAACCGACGCCGUCCACUCCGGCUUCGCCAGUUCGCCUCCUCCGCCGUCGCCAUGGCCGACGCUAAAUCCCAAGGCCGAGCACCGACCACCGCUCCCAGCCCCAUUCCCACCCCCCCAUGGGCGCAACGGACCGAGGCCUUAACGCACAUCCUGACCCACCCCUCCCACUCGCCGUCGCUCCACUCGCAGCUCUUCCUCGCGUCCCGCGUCCCGUGCCCACCUCGGGGGUCCUCCUACCCGCCCUUCCUCUGCCCCGGGGCGUCGCUCCUCCGAUGGGCCCUCACCUCCGUCUUCCUCCCCCGCGCCGCGCGCCUUGGCCUGCCGCCUUCGUCCUGGCGCUCCCGGUGCCCCUUUCAGCUCCCGCCGCCGCUCGUGCCCUCCGCCGGCAUCGAGCCGGCGCCGGAGCGGUGGGGGGAGGCCGAGCUCCGGGGCUACGCGCAGAGGCGUCGGGCUCGGAGGGGGCCCAUGAGGACGCGGCCGCCGGUGUCCAUGGCCGGGGUGGUGCUGACGACCGUGCCCAACAUCGUGAUCAUCGUGGUCAUCAUGCGCGAGCUCUUCUGGGUCCCGCCUGGCCGUUUCUGAGCCAUUCAGGAUCAGGAAGCACAUGUAUCUCAACUGCUCCAUGAAGCAUCUGGGUCGUCUUAUGCAUUUUAGGGCAUGUUAUUGGCUCCUCCUAUCCUGCCAUCACACUAGCUGGCAUUACCAGAGGCACAAUCGCUUGCCAUAGUGCUACAGGUUGAAUGUACGUACCACACUGCCAUUGACACAGACAGCUGGAUCAUCUUCAUGUCUAGGGAAGCUACCUUGUCUUCCAUCACCAGAAGAUUGAUACAUCCAGCCCAGUCUGUUAGUAUUGCUCUAUCCUCAUGAGGUAUUUCUUGUUCAACAUUUUACCUGCAAGAUAGGAGCUCCAAAAAGGAUACAUAAAAUGAGGGGAAGGUUUGCAAGGAUAGAGCGUCCAAGGAGCAAAGAGGUUCCGAGGACCCAAUAUGUCUUGCUUUUCUUCACCUUGUUGUGUCAUUGUUAAGCUCAGAUCAGGAGCUGUUGCUAAACCAAUACAGCUCAGAUACACAGUUCUGCGCAUGGUGCUUUUCGCCUUUCUGUUAGACAGCAGCAGCCUCUUCCAGCAAUGAACUUGGUGAAACACCAGACUGCAAAAAAAUAAAAUAAAAAAAAUACAGAGCAACGUCUUGGAUCCGUACGUGGUCGUUACUCAGUCAUGCGGAGUACAGGGAUCUUAUGGAUAUUGGGUGCAACCGAUGGGAGAUGGCCGCAUGGGUUAUCUUCAACCGAUUUGGAUGGCGUGCUAAUAAUAGACUAGAUGCAUAGGCAUCGUAGUCUAAGUUUAGAUGCACCGGAUGUGGCAUCUUUUUACUAUUUCAUUCAUGCUUUCUUUUACACUUUGGGCUCUUUGAGCUCUUUGGAUCUGAGAUACUAUUUUAUUUAUCUUUAAUAAUAUGGUUGCAUGCAUCGAUUGAUGUAGAGGCCGGGGGCUCGUUUCCUCAUCAAAAAAAAAAAACUUGGUAAAAAAAAGUGCAGAAACAGCUCAUCAUGCACAUUUCAUGCAUUUAUCCUCAUUGAUAGUGUAAUUGUGCUCAUAGGCAGCAAGAGUCAAGCCCACAGCUAUCACUGAAAGUAGAUCAAACUGGUUGGAUGUUGAAUGCUGUUCAUCAAAGUCAUCACUCUGGGCAUGGACGUCUGCUUGGCAUCCUCUGUGCUUCUGCUGAUCAAUGAAUGCAUAACAUGUUGGGAACUGGAAAAUGGCAACCCACCUCUGGUUGCUGGCCCAGUCAAAUCUGCAGUACCUGUGCUUUAAUUUUGUGUUGAACUGCUGUGGUACAUGUUCAGCGUGCAUACUCUGCUUGCGUCUCCUGUUACAAGGAUGUGGCAGAUGUUCCAUGGGAUGAAGUUGCAGGAACGUUCCACUGGAUGCUCGCUGCUGCCAGCUUUGGUAGACGCAUUGCCAGAGUGUCCCAUUCCCAUCUGUGUAAGUGUGGCACGGUGGUGGCGGCCCGCCAUGCAGGUCAUGUCCACAGAUGUAUUGAUUUUUGAUCUGUCAAGGUGGAGUGCUGCCAGCAAGCUGUUCCUGACGAUGUCACCAGACCAAGACAAGCUGUAUUGGUGUAGAGAGAGUGCAGCCACAGCGUUAAACACACGGUUUCUAUCAUAAUCUUGCACAUUGAGGAGAAACCUGGCACCAGAGCCGGCUGCAGAGUUUUAUCCCAUGGAGCACUGUUAAGCACUAGAUUGGGCAGGUUGGUAUUAGCUGCGUUGGCGAAGGUGUCGAACCAACUGCCCUGGUAAGCACAGUCUCUGGUGCCUAUCGUAGGAUGCACAAAUGAAUUUGGGAUUCAAAGCUCAGGGUGUGCUGAAGGAGACACCCAGACUGGGCUUCAACUGGCAUUCGCAUGCUGUAGGUGGUGUAUCAAACAGUGGCUUUGUCAAACCAGAGGGUGACGAGCUAGGAGGCGUUGGACAGGUGUCCAUGGCUAGAAAGCUGAAGUCAACGGAGAUUGAAAACCAUGCGAAGUCAACUGCUGAACGAGGAGCCAAAGAUUGUGUUGCGCUGAUCGUGCACUUAAGGAUGAGCAUCUAUAUUACGAGGAUGAAGGAGAAUCCGAGAGCCGCCAGAUUAUAUGGAGCAUGGUUGAUUUAGACCAUCAGGUUGAUCUCUUGCCUAAUACUCCUAUCCAGAAGACUUUGCCGACUCCCCGCAGCAUUUUUGACUUCUAUGCAGUUCAGGUACAGUCAAGGCUCCCGUCAAGGGUUUCAUCUGCACGCAAUACGCAUCAGUUCUUCUCGUCUGUGCUCCAUACGCCUGGUGUGAUCCUCCAAUUUCUCCAGCUUAUAGUUGGUUUGCAGUCUUUUCCAGAGAUACAUGGUUGACAAUAAUCUGUCCCAUACAUCCAAAAAGCUUUUCCAUCUACUCCCUCUGUACCUAAAUAUAGUUGUAAACAGAACAAACAGCAUUGCGAUAAUUUGAGAGAGUCCAUAAUGAAGCAGCAGAAAUCCACAUUGCUUUCC